AUGUCGCAGUCAGGUUCAGGUAGUAACAGUUCUCCUGACUUCAAAGGCGACUCCGAUGUCGCUACAAAGCCAUCCUCGAAAUCUAAGUUCAAAGCAUUAAAGAAGGCCUUGGGGUUUGGAAAGAAGGGUGAAAUGAGUGACAGAGAAAAGAGAAAGAGAGAAAAGAAGAGGAUGAAGAACGAAAUAAAGCAAGAAAAGGCUAAUUUCAAGAGAUGGCAGAAGGAGAAGAAUAUCGAAAGAGGCCGAGAACAAUAUAGUUACCUGCAAGAUUUAAGGCGGAAGAGCCUAAGGCUUGACUUGUACAAUGUUGAAGAUUUAAAAAUUCGCGCUUUGAAGGAGAUGGAAAUCAGGUGGAGGGUAGAGGACGAGCUGGCUAAAGGAGAGCUAGAGGACCGAUUGAGACGGCUGAAGUCGAAAGAACAGCACCAAAUAUCGACAGCGAACAAAGGAGAACAGUUGAGAGGGCAAGAAUCUAAAGUAACGGAUGAGAUAUCGACGGAGGAAGCAAAGAGUCUGUUAAGACAGUCGCCUAAAAAGUCGUCCAAACUACCCGUCGUUUCCGGGGAAAUCAAGCCUAUGCCUUCGAAAAUGCGAAUGAUGAUGUCUUGGGAUAAUGAAUGUUGCAAGGAGUGGAUUUGGGAUUAUCUAGAGGAUCACUAUGGUAAGUAUGGUGACAGAUCAUAUCUAAGGUAUCAAGUGAAGCACACAAAUUGGUUUCGUGGACAGGGUAUGUUUGAAAUGACGGAGGAGGAGUGGGAAGACUGGUUGGGUUAUCCCGGUGUCUUGGUCUAUUGGAGAUUGCAGUCCAUCAGCGUUGAGGAAGGGCCGUAA